CUUUGUCAUCAUGUUGAAGGGAUUUUUUAAAAGAAAGAAACCAGAAAGAGACCCAAAAGGGGGAGAGGCUGAGGAGGAACCAGAGCAGAGCCAUCCCAGCUUCUCUCCUCCUCUCCCUCUCAGGCAGCCAGAGCAACAGUUGGGCUUUGGAAUCAGAACAUCCAGAACCAGGAGGAGGAGGAGGAGUCCUCCCAGAAGAGAUGGGCUCUGGGAGCAGCAAGGGCCCCAGCAGCAGGCGAGGCCAGGGGGCUGUGGACGGCAGAGGCUCCCCUAGCCCUCCUGGGACUGCGAGCCCCGACGGGGCCCGGGCUGCUUCUCCUCCUUCUCCUCCUCCUCCUCCUCUAGACCCAGAGUUGGAGCUGCUCCUGGGGGAAGUGCUGGAGCAAGUGUUGGAGGGGUCUGGCGGAGGAGGAGGAGGAGGAGGAGAAGGGAGAGGAGAGGAGCAGGAGGAGGACGAAGACAACCAGGAGGACGCCUUGCGGAAGCUUUCCCUCAGCCCCCGCGCCCAUCUCCCCUCGCCUUCUCCUCCUCUCCUCCGCCUCGACGCCGGGGACUUGGGAUGGCGCCUCCUUCAGGACGGAGUUGGUAGCGGCGGCGGCGGCGGCAGUGGAGGGGCGGAGGGGACUAGGCCCCAGGAGGAGAAACAAGACCUACCCCAGAAAGCAGCAAUAGCUACUCCAGAAAGCAGCAACUUUGCCAACCAGGUCCCACCAAAAGAGCCUGACAAACUGGCUAAAAUAGUUUAUGAUUGCUCUGAAGAGGAGCUGAUGGCAACAAUUGAGCAGGAGUACUGCCGCUGAAGUCAGACCAGACAGUACCAGCUCGAUGCUGAACAAGAUCACUAUGCGGGAUGAGAUACUUAAAAUGGCAGUAUUUCUCAGAAAGGUGGGUGAGGGAAGAAAUGGGGCCACACUGAGCAAGCGGGACUGCUCCUCUUAUUGCCAGCCAGACUGGUAGGAUUCUCCAUAUUUUCAACAAGCAGACUCAAAAGUGCCAUCUGCAUGAUUCUAAGUAUGGAUACAAUAUUUUAUCUGUGGCAGGGUAUGUGUGCUGUGGGAAGAGAAAGACUUCAAGACUUCAAAACAGGUACUCACAGACUGUUACAAAUUUAUCAUAUUUUUUUAAAAAACAGAAGAGCCAACAGUUUUGUUUCCAAAGUCUUAGAAGCAGUGCAGCAAAGGACUUGAAUAAAUGCUUUUGAGAGUCUA